GCGUUCCAUAGUAGUAAAUAUUUGUUGAGAGAAGGCGUGGCGUUCCUGUCGUUUCUUGGCCAGGGUAAUUUUUAGUGUUUUCUGAUCAACACGAAUGACAGAACAAUCGAAACAAUAUGGCAGAUAAGAAGCCUGUUCGUGUUUGGGUGGAUGGAUGUUUUGAUAUGGUGCAUUUUGGGCAUGCUAAUUUCCUGCGGCAGGCAAAGAAACUUGGUGAUGUACUUGUGGUAGGCAUUCAUUCAGACGUUGAGAUUGCUAAGCACAAAGGACCACCAGUGAUGAAGGAAGAGGAUCGGUACAAGAUGGUGCGCUCCAUUAAAUGGGUCGAUGAGGUCAUUGAAGAUGUGCCGUAUGUAACUGAACUUGAAACUUUGGAUAAAUACAACUGCGAUUUUUGUGCCCAUGGAGAUGACAUCACAUUAGACUCGGAUGGAAGGGACACAUACAGGAUAGUCAAAGAGCAAGGAAGAUACAAAGAAUGCCGUAGAACAGCUGGUGUAUCAACAACAGAUUUAGUAGGAAGAAUGCUUUUGAUGACCAAGACUCACCAUCUGGUAGGAGCAAGAAAUUCACCAAUUCCAGAGGGAAAGACUAACAACGAAGCCAGCUGCUCAAAUUUGAAGAGUCCUUACACAGGUAUUUCUCAGUUUCUACCAACAACAAACAAGAUAAUUCAGUUUGCUGAGGGCAAGGAUCCGAAUCCAGGCGACAAGAUAGUUUAUACGGCUGGUGCUUUUGACCUUUUCCAUGUUGGGCAUGUAGAUUUCCUGGAGAAAGUUAGUAAACUUGGGAAUUACGUCAUUGUUGGUCUGCAUACAGAUGAGGAAGUGAAUCGAUACUGGUGCGGCAAUUACCCGAUUAUGAACUUGCAUGAACGAACGUUAAGUGUGUUAGCAUGUCGGUAUGUAAAUGAAGUGGUUAUUGGUGCUCCUUACACAGUCACCAAUUCCCUACUUGACCAUUUUGGGGUUGACGUAGUUGCUCAUGGAAUGACACCAACCAAACCAUCUGCCACAGGCGAAAAUCCAUAUGAAAUUCCAACCAAUAAAGGUAUUUUCAAGUUGGUUGAUAGCUGCAAUGAUAUGUCAACUUCAAAGAUUGUAGAUAGGAUCAUUGAAAACAGGCGUAACUAUCAAGAACGUAAUGAAAGAAAGGAACAGAAAGAGAUACGACUUAUAGAAAUGAUGGAGGAACAAAAUAAAAAUGCUCAACAGUUUCAACACUAUUCAGAAUCCAAUUUCCAAAAAUAA